ACACGCUUACAGGGUGGCCCCCAAAACACAGCUCUGAGCGGUGGGAGUGGAGCUGAUUAUUGCAUAGUGUGGUUCACCAUCUGACGACUCUUGACACCACUUGACCCUCUGCUUUCUCGCUGUUUUGACGUUCGUCCUCAGUGCAGGUCAACAGAGUAGGAACAGCUCCAUACGAUGGCUGCCUUCCUCCACCACUGCCCCUUCCUCAAAUCAGUCCCCAAACCAGCUCUGAGGAGAACUGGAGCCUCUCUGCUGUCUCUGGCCGACCAGUGUCCCAUCAUCACUCGUCAGAUCAGCGUCGGUGGACUUUCCUCUCUGGAGUGCAAGCAGAACAUCUGUCUCACACCAGAGAAGUUGAGCCCACGGCGCACCAUGGUGGAACAGAGGAGGCUGUUCGCUCAGACGGCGGCUCAUGUGGCCGUGUCUGAAUCCAAGGCCUGCCCGUUCGUCAGCUCUCAGAUCGGGCUGGUCCAAGCCAGUCCUGAGGUGCAGGAGGACGUCCAGGAAGGUAUGAUGACGUCUCUGUUAAAGAAUCUAAAGGAGUCGAUUCUGCCAACACCAGCUCAAGCCAACACUGUCACUCAUCUGCUCAAAGACAACAUGGUUGGCCCCAGUUAUGACUACGACCGCUACUUUAUUGAGAAGAUCUCUGAGAAGAAAAAGGACCACACAUACAGAGUGUUUAAGACGGUGAACCGCAGCGCUCAGGCCUUUCCGUUCGCUGAGGAUUUCUCCAGCGCUGAUCGUGACAGUUCCCAGGUCUCCGUCUGGUGCAGCAACGACUACCUGGGGAUGAGUCGCCACCCGCGGGUUCUGAACGCCAUCAGCUAUGCCCUGGAGAGGCACGGCGCAGGAGCAGGAGGGACCAGGAACAUCUCCGGUACCAGUAAUUUCCAUGUGAUGCUGGAGAAAGAACUGGCUCAGCUUCAUCAGAAAGAUGCAGCUCUGGUUUUCUCCUCCUGCUUUGUGGCAAAUGACUCCACUCUCUUCACUCUGGCUAAGAUGCUCCCAGGGUGCGAGAUCUACUCUGAUGCAGGGAACCACGCAUCAAUGAUUCAGGGCAUCAGGAACAGCGGAGCUAAACGCUUCAUUUUUCGCCACAAUGACAGUCAACACCUGGAGGAACUGCUGCAGCGCUCAGACCCCAAGACCCCCAAGAUAGUGGCAUUUGAGACGGUGCACUCCAUGGACGGUGCCAUAUGUCCUCUGGAGGAGCUGUGUGACGUCGCUCACCGUCACGGAGCGCUGACGUUUGUCGAUGAAGUUCACGCCGUGGGUCUUUACGGCGCUCACGGAGCUGGAGUCGGAGAGAGAGACAACGUGAUGCACAAGAUUGACAUAGUUUCUGGGACAUUAGGUAAAGCCUUCGGGUGUGUUGGGGGCUACAUCGCCAGCAGCGCCGCCCUGGUGGACAGCGUGCGCUCCUUCGCAGCCGGCUUUAUCUUCACCACUGCCCUGCCCCCGAUGAUCUUAGCCGGAGCUCUGGAGUCCGUCCGGGUCCUGAAGAGUCCGGAGGGUCAGAACCUCCGCAGAGCCCACCAGAGGAACGUCAAACACAUGAGGCAGCUGCUGAUGGACAAGGGGCUGCCGGUGGUCAACUGCCCCAGCCACAUCAUCCCCAUACGGGUUGGAAAUGCCGAGCUGAACACUAAGGUGUGUGACAUUCUACUGGAGAGACACAACAUCUACGUCCAGGCCAUUAACUAUCCCACAGUGCCGCGGGGCGAGGAGCUGCUUCGCCUGGCUCCAUCUCCUCAUCACGACCCCGCCAUGAUGGAGUACUUUGUGGAGAAACUGGUGGAGGUGUGGCAGGAGGCCGGUCUCCUGCUCAACAGUCCAGCUUCAGCUUCCUGCACCUUCUGCAACCGCCCACUGCACUUUGACCUCAUGAGUGAGUGGGAGAAAUCCUACUUCGGCAACAUGGAGCCACAAUACAUCACUGUGUCUGCUUAAAACAAAAGCACAAGUCGCUUCUUAAAAAAGUAAAAACAUGUAUAAAUUCAGUGCUAUAUUCAUUUAAAUUACAAGUCAAGCGCAUUAAUGCUAAUAUGAACAUUAGAUGUGUUUACACAUUCUUGCAUGUCAGUGAUAUGGAGUAAAUAACAGUAUUUAUGUAGUAAAUGUAAUCGUGGAAGUUGUUAUCAAAUAAAUAAAAUUCCUCCUUGAUUUUAAAGCAUAAAACCUGCACACUGGGCACUUUCUUAAAUCAAUCUAAGAGUGAGCAUUUGGAUUAAAUAAUUAUAAUAAAUGAUGCUAUUUAAUGUUGUGUUAUUUCCUUUAUAAUACGCUGGAUGAGAAUCAUGUUUAAUUUUGCAUUAAUGAUGUUUCUUUGGCUGAAAAGAUCUGUCCAGCAUUAGUCGUCAUAUGUGUAAACUGCCAGGGUUAGUGAAUUCAUCAAAUAAAAGAUAUGAAUAAUA